ACAAAAUAAAUAUCGGUGACAUUUGGCAUUGUUUUUUUUUAAAUAUUAUCCAAACUUCACAAUUCUGUAGCCAAAAUGUGGGAGCAGCUGGCAAGAUAUCGCAAUCACUUCUUGCAACUAGAGAUCAAGGAUGUUAUGAAGUCCACCUCCAUCAACACUCAACAGAAUCAAGAGCUGACUGAGGCCAUGGAAAAACGGGAGAUGUGUAAAUGCAUUCCUUAUCGCUGCAAAACGAGCUCCACUUACCUGGAUGAUCGGGCUAAGUUGGCCUAUGGCUGGUUUGCUUUGCCCAAGCUGAUGAAAGAAUUGGAUAGUGAUGUUCCCUUGACCCACUGGAAGGCAGUCGUCUCACUAACAGAUUUUCUCUUGAACCCGCUGAAUGCCCAAAGAGCCAUUAUUGAAAAGGACAUUGUGAGAAAAUUGAAAAAUGCAUUUAUGCGAAAGAGAUUGAAGCAUCACCAAGAGGAAUACCGAGAGGUGGAGAUGUAUCUAAGGAUAUAUAAUAUACUCUCACGUAAUUUGGAUGGUGCCGAAAAUAUAGCCAACCGCAAGUGUCUUAGGAUUGAGUUUUAUAAAAUCAUUAAGGAUCAGGAGUCGGUUAAAGAUGAUCUGGCUUCAGAGAUUCUGAGAAAUUUGACAGGCAAACCAAAAGUUCUAGGUAUUAUUCUAGAGGAUCCUGAGAACUUCGCUUCCUUGGCUGAAAUUUUCAAGCAGGAUCCCUGUCGUCCACAUUAUCCUCUACAUUUGUGGCACCAUCUUUGCCAUUUGAUGGAACUGGCUCCCGAGCAGGGAAUCGAGUUGGGGUUCUUUGAACUGCUGCACCCGAGGAUCCUGAAUCGCCUUCCCAACUUUUGGGAUAUGUCCACCAAGGCAUUUGCCUUGCUGCUUCGCUGCACUGAGGGUCAGCGUCGUUUCGACGAAGUGGAUGGUGUGAAGCUCCUGUACGAUGUCUUUGUCCAACCUGAUGAAAAUCAAAGGGUGCUGCUACCUCGUCAGAAGGUGGAGAACUGGGAGUACAUGGUGUUGGCCCUGCUCAAUGGUCUCCAUAGCAAAAAGGCCUUGUGGCGCAGCAGGGAGUUUACUCAGCUGCCAUGCUAUGUGGGUCGACUGAUGGUCGCCACGGUUGAUAAUCCUCGCCUGCAACUUUAUUGCCUUAAAGUGUUCCGGGAACUUGGAGUGAUGCCGUGUAUUAAACGCUAUAUCAUAGCCAACUGGUUGGAGGAAGUCUGCAAGCUGUUCUGCUUGGAUGCGGAGGCAGAAUGCGCCAGGGACUCGCUGGUCGAUUGGCUGCGUCGGGAUAUAGCCGAUAGUAGCUAAUACCCCUUACUUUCCUUUUGAUUUCAAUGUUUGUUAACCGAAAAAACAUAGAAUUUCUCCUUAUACCAACCGUUUAGAUAAAUCCAAACCGUUUCAAAACCACCCCUGAUGUCCCAAAGAGAAGCCGGUUAAGAAAGAGGGGUAAACUUCGUCGAGAGAGAGAGAGAGCUUAUUCUGCUAUCAGCUGUUUCAUUCUGUUGCAAAAUAAUGUAAAUUGUAGUAAAUACUGAACACCUCUCAAAUCUAUGGCAUGCACUUACAAAUUCCCUUUAAUGUUGCUAAACGGCUUACCAAUAAAAUCCCCUUUCUGUG